GUUAAUUCUCGAUUGAAAGAUUAAUGAUUUCGAAACAAAAAAAUUUCCUAAAAAUUUCAAUAUGGGAAACGGUCCAAGUCAUACAAACAAAUGCCUGUUUAAUUCUAAACGAUCGGGAAAUUCUAGAAAAAUUAAUAUAAAAAGAAAUAUGGUUAAAACCGAGCCCAUUCAUAUACCUUGUGCAUUAAGAACCAAGAAUGAAUUUUCGCCUUGUAAUAAUUCCUCUAAAGGAUCACCAUUUUCUGAUGAGAAUUAUUUUUGUAGUCCUGUUAGAUAUAAAACCGCUUCGCAAAGGAUUCUACAACGUUUUGUACGAUUUAGUCCAUCAAAAUUAGAAGAAGAUAAGAGAAAUAAAGAAGAAGAAUUAAGACAUCGAUGCUGCACUUUAACACCGUGUAUGACGAUCAGUGAAUCAUCAUUGCCCAUUGUAUUCAGAUGGUGCCAAGGAGGAAACAGAGUAUUUGUUGCUUGCUCUUUUAAUGAAUGGAAACUUGUAGAAAUGGCGAAAAGUGAUGAUUGUUUUAUGACCAUUUUAAACAUGCCCGAAGGAGAAUAUAGAUAUAGAUUUUUAGUUGAUGGAAUUUGGAAAUAUGACGAUAAACAACCUUUGACCGUUAAAGAAAAUUUUAACUACAACGUUCUUACCGUAAAAUAUGACGAUUUCGAAAUAUUCGAUGCCUUGAACGUGCAUAAUCAGGAUGUAGGAAGUCCUUUAAAAUAUAGCCCUCCAUCUCCCUCUGAAUAUUUUAACCAAGAGAUACCGAGAGAGAGAAUAUCGUCGGGACCACCAGCUUUGCCGCCUCAUUUAUCUCAAAUUAUCUUAAAUGUCGAUGCAGAACAGGUGAUAAAGAAACUUCGAUCCUUCCACAACCGAGUCAUUUUAUGUUAAAUCAUUUGUACACAUUAUCAAUACAGGAAGACAUCAUUGUUCUCGGUGUGAUUCAAAGAUUUCGAACGAAAUAUGUCACAACCAUCUUUUACACUCCAUUUAAUGAUUAAAUAAUUAAUAAUUUAAAAAUUUUUUUAUGUUUGUUAUAAUAUUUAAUUGGUUAAUUUUAAAUGUAUUAUCAAACUAAUGCUGAUUUCGAUUACGUUAACUAAGUACUGUGACGUGUUAUAUGUUAGAAUAUUUUAAAAAGGUAAUCGUUACGUUAAUAUUUCAAAUUAUUAAUAUAUAUAAAAGUUAUUGUUUAACUAUUUUUGUUGUGAAUUUUGAAGAAAAUAAACUUAUUUGUA